GGGGCUUUUGAUCCGUUUCAAUAUCCCUCUUUUUGCUUCAUUUAUUUCUAUUUAUUUAUUCUCUGCGACAAAAAUUCUUCACUCCUCCCAUUAGAAUUGGAUCCUUUCUAACUCGACCAGGUAUCGUUGGGUUGCUAUUUGUUUUCCCGAUCGGCCUUACGCAGCAGAUCGAUGGCGGCGGCGGCGGUGUGGCAGCCGCAAGAGGAGGGGCUGCGCGAGAUCUGCGCCCUCUUGGAGGAGCACAUCUCCCCCAACUCCGAUCAAUCCCGGAUUUUGCAGCAGCUUCAGCACUACAACCAGCUUCCUGAUUUCAAUAACUAUCUCGUUUUCAUCCUUGCCCACGCCGAGGGAAAAUCAUUGGAAGUACGACAAGCUGCUGGUUUGCUGUUGAAAAACAAUCUCAGGGCAACUUUCAGUUCCUUGUCUUCUUCCUACCGGCAAUAUAUAAAGUCAGAAUUGCUGCCUUGUUUAGGGGCAUCAGAUAGGACAAUUCGAUCUACAGUUGGUACUGUUAUUAGUGUUCUUGUUCAGUUAGAGAGGGUUGCUGGCUGGCCCGAAUUGUUACAAGCUCUUGCUCAAUGUUUGGCUAGUAAUGACUUUAUUCAUAUGGAGGGUGCUAUGGAUGCUAUAUACAAAAUAUGUGAGGACAUUCCGGAAGAACUUGACGUAGAUGUUCCUGGGUUAUCUGAACGUCCCAUUAAUAUUUUUAUGCCUAGAUUGCUGCAGUUUUUCCAGUCUCCACAUGCUGUAUUGAGGAAGCUAUCAUUGGGUUCCAUCAAUCAGUUUAUCGUAGUAAUGCCUUCAGCACUGUUUAUGUCCAUGGACCAGUACCUUCAGGGUUUAUUUCAUCUUGCUCGGGAUCCUUCAGCUGAUGUCCGGAAGUUGGUCUGUUCUGCCUUCGUACAACUUAUAGAAGUUCGGCCGUCCUUCCUAGAGUCCCAUUUGAGAAAUGUAAUCGAGUUUAUCUUGCAAGCCAACAAGGACCCUGAUGAUGAAGUUGCUCUUGAGGCAUGUGAGUUUUGGUCAGCAUACUGUGAUGGUACCUUGCCACCAGAUGGUUUAAGAGACUAUUUACCACACUUGAUUCCAGUUUUAUUGUCCAAUAUGGCAUAUGCUGAGGAUGAUGAGGCACUUUUUGAUGCAGAGGAAGAUGAGUCUUUUCCAGAUAGGGAUCAGGAUCUGAAGCCUCGUUUUCAUUCAUCUCGUUUACACGGAUCUGAUAUUACAGAGGAUGAUGAAGACACUGUCAAUGUUUGGAAUUUAAGAAAAUCUAGUGCAGCUGGACUAGAUAUUGUUUCAAAUGUUUUUGGAGAUGAGAUUCUUCAGACCUUGAUGCCAUUGAUACAGCAAAAGCUAGCAACUACAAAUGACACUAGUUGGAAGGAGAGAGAGGCUGCUGUUUUGGCUAUUGGUGCCAUAGCAGAGGGAUGCAUUAAUGGACUCUAUCCCCUUCUUCCUGAGAUUGUCAAAUUCCUCAUUCCUCUUCUCGAUGAUAAAUUUCCACUUAUACGCAGUAUCACUUGUUGGACUCUUUCUCGGUUUAGCAAAUUCAUUAUUCAGAACAUUGGUCAAAAUAAUGGUUAUGAGCAAUUUGACCAAAUUUUAAUGGGACUUCUCCGAAGAAUAUUGGACACUAACAAGCGUGUGCAAGAGGCAGCAUGUUCUGCUUUUGCAACACUAGAAGAGGAGGCAGCAGAGGAACUGACCCCUCGCCUAGAAAUAAUUUUGCAGCAUCUGUUAUGUGCUUAUGGGAAAUAUCAGAGACGAAACAUGCGUAUUCUGUAUGACGCCAUCGGUACUCUAGCAGAUGCAGUGGGUUCAGAGCUCAAUCAGCCAAAAUAUCUAGAAAUAUUGAUGCCUCCAUUGAUUGCAAAAUGGCAACAACUCGCUAAUGCUGACAAAGAUCUAUUUCCUUUGCUGGAGUGCUUCACGUCCAUUGCACAGGCUUUAGGACCAGGGUUUUCUCAAUUCGCUGAACCUGUAUUUCAGAGAUGUAUUGGUAUUAUCCAGAUCCAACAAUUAGCAAAGGUUGACUAUGCCACAGCUGGUGUCCAAUAUGAUAAAGAGUUUAUUGUCUGUUCUCUGGAUCUGUUAUCAGGGCUAGCAGAAGGACUAGGCAGCAGUGUAGAAAGUCUGGUUGCUACAUCCAACUUAAGAGACCUGCUUUUGCAAUGUUGUACGGAUCAAGCAGCUGAUAUUCGGCAAAGUGCCCUUGCACUUUUGGGUGACCUUGCAAGAGUUUGCCCAAAGCACUUGUAUCCUCGUAUAACAGAUUUCCUAAGGGUUGCUGCUGAGCAAUUGAGUAUCACUGCAGUUAAGGAAGCUGUGUCAGUGGCAAAUAAUGCUUGUUGGGCCAUUGGAGAAUUAGCUGUUCAGGUUCAUCAAGAAGUAGCUCCAAUUGUGUUAACAGUAAUAUCAUCUUUGGCUCAUAUUCUUCAAAAUGGAGAGGGGUUGAACAAAUCAUUGCUCGAAAAUAGUGCCAUCACAAUUGGGAGGCUUGCAUGGGUUUGUCCAGAACUGGUGGCCCCCCACGUUGAGCAUUUUAUACAGUCAUGGUGUAUCACUUUAUGCAUGAUACGGGAUGAUUAUGAAAAGGAGGAUGCAUUUCGAGGGCUAUGUGCAAUUGCUAGAGCCAACCCUUCCGGCACUGUGAGCUCACUUGGUUACUUGUGUAAAGCUGUUGCAAGUUGGCAUGAGAUACGAAGUCAAGAUUUUCACAAUGAGAUUAGCCAAGUUUUGCAUGGGUACAAACAGAUGCUCGGAAAAGAAACAUGGGAACAAGGCAUGUCCACGUUAGAACCGCCAGAGGUGCAGAGAUUGUCAAGAUUUGGAGUAUAAAUAACACCCAAGGAAAAUGCUCCUCACUGGUUUUUGUAUUUCUGUGUUGCGUUUGGGUCAGAAGAGUGUUUCUUGGUAGGAAGAAUGCUUAUACGACAUUGUGCACAUCUGAGAUAAGAUGAGAAAACAUCUAUUGUUGUGUGCGCUUACAAUCUUCCAGUUCUGGUAACGGCCCUUGCAGAUUGAUUCCUACCAAGAAAAAGGGGUUACGUCCAAGGGUCGUGGUUGUGCGUUGGCUGGGCACUUUGAGAGUUUUUAUCGUGUUUGUUGUAUGCUCAUAAUGUCUUAUUAUAUUUUUCAGUGGGCUGUUUUUAUUUAUAACUCCACUGAUUUAUUUGAUGGCAUUCAUCAAGUUGUCCAAAUUUGACGUGUAUCAGUUUUCAAACUUGAAACAUUUCCUCGAAAGAAUUUCUGUAUUAGAUUGAUAUCCAUUAUUUGACGAUUUCGUGGCAAACACUAUGCUUGUUUA